AUGGCAAGAAAGAAGUUGAAAAACUUUACUCCUUUGGAGCUUGUGCUCAGCGUUCUUGUGCUUGUGUUGUUUAUCAUUGCUGUUGUGCUAAUUGUGCUUUUAGUCAAAAGUUCUACAGAAUCAAAAGCCCCAGAGUCUGGGACAACUAGUACCCCAGAAUCUGGAACAACAAGUACCACCCCUGAUUCUGCUGAGUGCCAAGUGGUAAAUGAAUCGGAAAGGAUAAACUGCAUCCCUGACCAGUCACCAACAAAGGCCACCUGUGACCAGCGUGGCUGCUGCUGGGUACCUCAGGAAGCUACAAGUGUCCCUUCGUGCUACUAUUCCAAAAAUAAUGGGUACCAAAUGGAGGGUGAUCUUGUAGACACGAAUGCAGGAUUCACAGCCCAGUUGAGAGGUCUGCCUUUUUCAUCCCUGUUUGGAAAUGAUGUUGACAAUGUCCUUCUCACAGCAGAAUACCAGACAUCCAACCGUUUCCACUUUAAGUUUACGGAUGAAACCAAGGACAGGUAUGAAGUGCCCCAUGAACAUGUGCAACCCUUCACUGGGAAUGCUGCUUCUUCCUUGACCUAUGAAGUUGAGGUCUCCAAACAGCCAUUUAGCAUCAAAGUGAUCAGAAGAAGCAACAGUCGUGUUCUGUUUGACUCAAGCAUCGGACCCCUCCUGUUUGCCGAUCAGUUCCUGCAGCUCUCCAUCCGACUGCCUAGUGCUAACGUGUAUGGUCUGGGGGAACACGUGCACCGACAGUACCGGCAUGACAUGAAUUGGAAGACCUGGCCCAUAUUUAACAGGGACACAACCCCCAAUGGGGAUGGAACUAACUUGUACGGUGAGCAGACGUUCUUCCUUUGCCUUGAAGAUGCUACUGGACUGUCCUUUGGGGUGUUUCUGAUGAACAGCAAUGCCAUGGAGGUUGAUGUCCAGCCCGCCCCAGCAGUCACUUACCGCACCAUUGGGGGCGUUCUCGACUUCUAUGUGUUCUUGGGAGACACUCCAGAGCAAGUUGUUCAAGAAUACCUAAAGCUCAUUGGACGGCCAGUCCUACCCUCAUACUGGGCACUUGGAUUUCACCUCAGUCGUUAUGAUUAUGGAACCCUAGAUAACAUGAAAGAAGUCGUGGAGAGAAACCGUGACGCACAACUCCCUUAUGAUGUACAGCAUGCUGAUAUAGAUUAUAUGGAUGAGAGAAAGGACUUCACUUAUGAUCCAGUGAAUUUUAAAGACUUCCCUGAGUUUGUUAACGACUUACACAGUAACGGACAGAAAUUAGUCAUCAUUGUGGACCCAGCCAUCUCCAACAACUCUUCCCUAAGCAAUCCCUAUGGCCCCUAUGACAGGGGUUCAGAUAUGAAGAUAUGGGUGAAUGAUUCAGAUGGAGUGACUCCAAUCAUUGGGGAGGUCUGGCCUGGAAAAACUGUGUUUCCUGAUUACACCAACCCUAACUGUGCUGUUUGGUGGACAGAGCAAUUUGAGCUUUUCCACAGUCAAGUGGAGUUUGAUGGGAUUUGGAUUGAUAUGAAUGAAGUGGCCAAUUUUGUUGAUGGUUCAGUUUCAGGAUGUUCCACAAGCAGCCUAAAUUAUCCCCCAUUUACUCCCAGCAUCCUGGAUGGGUACCUGUUCCACAAGACCCUCUGCAUGGAUGCGGUGCAGCACUGGGGAAGACAAUAUGAUGUCCACAAUUUGUAUGGCUACUCCAUGGCCAUUGCCACGGCAGAUGCUGUCAAGACUGUGUUUCCUAAUAAGAGAAGCUUCAUUUUAACCCGUUCUACCUUUGCGGGAUCUGGCAAGUUUGCAGCCCAUUGGUUAGGAGACAAUGCUGCCACCUGGGAUGACCUUCAGUGGUCCAUCCCCGGCAUACUUGAGUUCAAUCUUUUUGGUAUUCCAAUGGUGGGUCCUGAUAUAUGUGGCUUUUUACUGGACACCUCUGAAGAGCUCUGCAGGCGGUGGAUGCAGCUAGGAGCAUUUUAUCCAUUUUCCAGGAAUCACAAUGGCCAAGGCUACAAGGACCAGGAUCCUGCCGCCUUUGGAGCUGACUCCCUGCUGUUAAAUUCCUCCAGGCAUUACCUAAACAUUCGCUACACUCUACUGCCCUAUCUCUACACCCUCUUCUACCGCGCUCACAGCCGCGGGGACACAGUGGCCAGGCCCCUUCUUCAUGAGUUCUAUGGGGACAGCAGCACUUGGGAUGUGCACCGACAGUUUUUGUGGGGGCCAGGUCUCCUCAUCACUCCAGUACUGGAUGAGGGUGCAGAGAAAGUGACAGCAUAUUUGCCUGAUGCUGUCUGGUACGACUAUGAGACAGGAGAACGGGUGAGAUGGAGGAAGCAAAGCAUCGAGAUGGAACUUCCUGGGGACAAAAUCGGACUUCACCUUCGAGGAGGCUACAUCUUUCCCACACAACAGCCCAAUGCAACCACCAUGGCCAGUCGACAGAACCCUCUUGGUCUUAUCAUCGCCCUAGAUGAGAACAAAGAAGCAAAAGGUGAACUUUUCUGGGAUGAUGGGGAAACGGAAGAUACUGUGGCUAAUAAUGCUUAUAUUUUAUGUGAGUUUUCCUUCACCCAAAACUACUUGGAUGUGAAAGUUUUACAAUCAAACUACCAGGACCCCAGUAAUUUAUCAUUUAAGGAGAUUAAAAUCCUUGGGACACAGGAACCUAGCAAUGUUGUAGUGAAACACAAUGGUGUCCUAAGUCAAACUUCUCCUACAGUCACUUAUGAUUCUGAUGUGCAGGUUGCCAUUAUCAAAGAAAUUGAUCUCCUCCUGGGAGAAGCAUACACAGUGGAGUGGGAUGUAAAGAUAAAGGAAGAAGAAAAAAUAGACUGUUAUCCUGAUGAGGAUGGUAUUUCUGCAGAAAACUGUGAGGCCCGUGGCUGUGUCUGGAAGGAAUCCAGUUCUGGGGCUCCUUUCUGCUAUUUUGUUACUGAUCUAUACGAUGUCAGUGAUGUUCAGUAUAGUUCACAUGGGGCCACAGCUGACAUCUCCUUAAAGUCUUCUAAUUCUGCCAACACCUUGCCCUCCACACCAGUGAAUCCCCUCCGCCUGCAGGUGACCUAUCAUAAGAAUGAAAUGCUGCAGUUUAAGAUUUAUGAUCCCAACAACAAACGGUAUGAAGUCCCAGUCCCUCUGAACAUCCCCGAUGUUCCAUCCAGCACUUCUGAGAGUCAACUCUAUGAUGUGCUCAUUAAGAAGAAUCCAUUUGGGAUUGAAAUUCGCCGGAAGAGUACAGGCGCUCACCGCAAGGAGGCAGUGAUGGAAGGAAACAGAGGAAUGAAGGAUGACUCAUGGGCUUCUGGCAAGGAUAUCUAUGAUUACUUCAAUCAAACAGAGUUAUGGGGAAAUGAAGAGAUUCUGACUGAUGUGACAUUCCAGCCCCUGCCUGCCUUGACAUACCGCACCACAGGAGGAAUUCUGGACUUUUACUUGUUCUUGGGGCCAACUCCAGAGCUUGUCACUCAGCAGUACACUGAGGUGAUUGGUCGGCCUGUGAUGGUACCUUAUUGGGCCUUGGGGUUCCAGCUGUGUCGCUAUGGAUACCGGAAUGACACUGAGAUUGCCAGCUUGUACGAUGAGAUGGUGGCCCACCAGAUCCCUUAUGAUGUGCAGUACUCAGACAUCGACUACAUGGAGCGGCAGCUGGAUUUCACCCUUAGCCCCGAGUUUGCUGGACUUCCAGCUCUGAUCGAUCGCUUGAAGGCCGAUGGCAUGCGGGUCAUCCUCAUUCUGGAUCCAGCCAUUUCUGGCAAUGAGACACAGCCGUAUCCUCCCUUCACUCGGGGUGUGGAGGAGGAUGUCUUCAUCAAAUAUCCAGAUAGUGAAGACAUUGUCUGGGGAAAGGUCUGGCCUGAUUACCCUGAUGUUUUCGUUAACAAUUCUCUAGACUGGGACAGUCAAGUGGAGCAAUACCGAGCUUAUGCGGCCUUCCCAGACUUUUUCCGUAAUUCAACUGUCACGUGGUGGAAGAGGGAGAUGGAAGAAAUGUACACCAAUACGGAGAAUCCAGAGAAGAGCCUGAAGUUUGAUGGCAUGUGGAUUGAUAUGAAUGAGCCGGCAAACUUUGUGAAUGGGGCGGUUCCUCCAGGCUGCAGGAAUGCCUCUCUGAACCAUCCUCCCUACAUGCCACAUCUGGAGUCCAGAAGCGAUGGCCUGAGCAGCAAGACCCUGUGCAUGGAGAGCCAGCAGAUCCUGCCAGAUGGCACCCCGGUGCGGCACUAUGACGUGCACAGCCUGUACGGGUGGUCCCAGACCAGACCCACAUACGAAGCUAUGCAGGAGGUGACAGGACAGCGAGGAAUCAUCAUCAGUCGCUCCACAUUCCCCUCUUCUGGCCGCUGGGCAGGACACUGGCUGGGAGACAACACGGCCACAUGGGACCAGCUGAAGAAAUCCAUCAUUGGAAUGAUGGAGUUCAGCCUCUUUGGCAUAUCCUAUACAGGAGCAGAUAUCUGUGGGUUCUUUCAAGAUGCUGAAUAUGAGAUGUGUGCUCGCUGGAUGCAGCUGGGCGCAUUUUACCCCUUCUCAAGGAACCACAACAGCGAGGGGAACAAGAGACAAGACCCUGUAUCCUGGAAUGAUACCUUUGUUAAUAUUUCCAAAAGUGUCCUGCAAACCAGAUACACCCUGUUGCCGUAUCUCUACACCUUGAUGCAUAGGGCCCACAUGGAGGGCAUCACCGUUGUGCGGCCUCUUCUCCAUGAGUUUGUGUCAGACCAGGUGACCUGGGACAUAGAUGAUCAGUUCCUGCUGGGCCCAGCCUUCCUGGUCAGCCCUGUCCUGGAGCCUAAUGCUGAAACAGUCACUGCAUAUUUCCCUAAUGCCCGCUGGUAUGACUACUACACGGGUGUGGAUGUUAAUGCAAGGAAAGAGUGGAAGAACUUGCCAGCCCCUCUAGACCACAUUAAUCUUCAUGUCCGUGGAGGCUACAUCCUGCCCUGGCAAGAGCCUGCACUGAACACUCACUUAAGUCGCCAGAAAUUCAUGGGCUUCAAGGUUGCCUUGGAUGAUGAGGGAUCUGCUGAGGGCUGGCUCUUCUGGGAUGACGGAGAAAGCAUUGAUACCUAUGAAAAAGGACUCUACUACUUCGCCACCUUUUCUGCCAGCCAGAAUACAAUGCAGAGUAAUAUAAUUUUCAACAAUUACAUCAACGAUAUAAACCCUUUGAAACUGGGCUACAUUGACAUCUGGGGAGUGGACAGUGUCCCCAGUACUAGUGUCAGCAUCUCUGUGAGUGGCACGGUCAUGACGCUGACUUCCAACUAUGACUCUACAACACAGGUGUUAAGCAUUGAUGUGACUGACAAAGACAUCAGCCUACAUAAUUUCAUUUCUUUGACAUGGGGAAGCACUCUGUGAAGUUUUAGAGCAAGAUCCUUACUGCGAAUGACUUUGAAGCUACUGAUACUUCAUGCUCAUUAAAUUUUUGUGUGUUGCUAAUUGGCUCAUACAUGUGUAAAAUAUUUUAUUAAUUGUAUUAUAUGUUUUGUCUGUGAAUCCUAAAGGUAAAAUCUUAGCCCUGUGGGACAGGCAGUAGGG